GAAUUUCGUCUACAUUUUCUUUAGGAUUAAACUAGCCAUGUCACUCAGCAAAGUUCCUCCCUCUAUUCUCCAACCUCCUUCUGAAGCCGAAGUGACACCAGCCAUUUCUAGCCUUCGAAGCCAUGUGAAAGAUAAAGCUGGAUCAGAAGAUGGUUCACGUCCACUGGUUUCCUUCACCGAUGAAAGUGGAAAAUCUACUCCAAUUUCUUACAAUGAUAUUUAUCAAUGCAUGGAGCAAAGCCCAGAUGCUCAGGAAGUGAUCAAGGAAGCAUCAAAUGAUAAGAAUGUGUGGGAUGCGUUUUGCGGACUUCCCACCGUUUUGAAUAUUUUGAAAUCGAUGACGGAAGAUGGUUUCGACAGAGCAAAGACAACACUCAGCAAGCUCGCUUCAAAUUCUGAGAAGCCAAAGCUGCGGUGGGAAUAUAUCUUUUCAACUUUGUCAGGGUGGGGGGAAGCCAUAUGGAAGUUCAUGAAGCAAAUGUUUGAGCGAAUUCACAGUGGUAUAAAAGGAACCAUCAAAGUCAUGAAAGAUUCUGGGCAUCAAUUAAAAUCUCUUUUUGUGUCAUUUUUCACUUCCAUUGUGGCGAUGUUUGGUGUGUUAGUGGACCGCCUUGCCCAGCAGGCAACAAUGAUAUGA